CUCCUGCCUUCAUGACACAGACUGCAGCUGUCCACAGACCAGCGAUGGAAGUCAUAGCAGCUCUGCAUUCAGACGUGGUCUCUGUGCAUGUAGCACGCAGCUUGCUGUUCCUUCACCUUGCAUAUAUUACUGGAGCUGCUGUCUGAUCAGAUCCUUGAUCUGCACAUGAGUCGGAGGGGAAUCCUGCUUCAGCAGCAGCUGUUGUCUCCAUGGCUGGCCAGGAGCUGGAGAAAAGCAACGCAUCCCUUCUCCCCGCCGACCUCAUCAAGCUGGCAUCCCUGGGCAUGAUCGCCUGCGUCAGCCUGCUUGGCAGUCUCCUGUUCGCCUUCAUCACCCUGCGAGACCGGAGCCUGCACAGAGCCCCCUAUUAUCUCCUGCUGGAUGUGUGCCUAGGCGACUUCAUGCGCUCAUUGCUUUGUUUCCCUCUGGUGCUGAAAUCCAUCAGCAGCGGCUCCCAUUGGACCUACAGCAAGAGGAGCUGCAGGGUCAUGGCAUUUGGCACGGUGCUCCUCUGCUUCCACGCCGCCUUUAUGCUGCUGUCCAUCAGCCUGACCAGGUACAUGGCCAUAGCCCACCAUAGGUUCUACUGCAAGAAGAUAAACGGCUGGGCAUGUGCCCUGGUCAUCUCCAUGGCGUGGAUCCUCUCCAUGGCCAUGGCCUUGCCCCCUGUCUUCGAGGUGGGCACCUACAAGUUCAUCAGAGAAGAAGACCAAUGCACCUUUGAGCACCGUUAUGUCAAAGCCAACGACAGCCUUGGCUUUCUGCUCAUGUUGGCCUUCAUCUUGGCUGCCACCCAUUUUAUCUACAUGAAGCUUUUGUUCUUCAUCUAUGACCACAGGAAAAUGAAGCCAGCUCAGUUGACCCCUGCCAUCAGCCAAAACUGGAGCUUCCAUGGGCCAGGGGCAGCUGGCCAAGCAGCUGCCAACUGGAUUGCAGGUUUUGGAAGGGGACCCACACCACCCACCUUGGUGGGCAUGAGGCAGAGCACCCAACAUCAGAUCAAGAGGCUGCUGGUGUUGGAGGAAUUCAAGCAAGAGAAGAGGCUCUGCAAGAUGUUCUAUAUCAUCACUUUUCUGUUCCUCCUUUUUUGGGGCCCCUAUUUAGUGAGUUGCUAUCUGAGGAUCUUCUCAAGAACCUCCUUGCCUCAGGGUUUUCUUACUGUUGCUGUGUGGCUGACGUUUGCUCAGGCAGGUGUGAACCCCAUUGUGUCCUUCAUGUUGAACAAAGAGCUCAGGAUGUCUUUCAGGGCUCAUCUGCCUUGCAGGAACACCCAGACCCAAAGGGAGCCCUAUAUCGACACCUAAGUAUUGGGACCCCCUUAUAGACACCUGUACUUGGGAUAUGCAAAGUUCUGGUUGCCAUGGAGAUCGAAUGCCUCUUCAAUUAGAGGCAACCAGGAUUUAGGUGAGACAAUAGCAACAUUCAACUGUAUCUUGCACUGAUGAUGUAUUUAGGGUGCUUUUGUUUAGCAAGGUGGCUGCAGUGUUGUAUGCAAGCAGCAUUGUCUCAAUGUAGUGCAUAGAAGCCAACAUAGUUAAGAAUAAUUACCUUAUAGUAAUUUAAGUUGCUAAUAUACUGUAUGUGUUGCUGCUGGACACCUCCUGAUGUUGUCCUCCUCCUGUCAUUCAUAAAUAUUCUUCUGGCCUGGUCACCCAGAUGAUAUCGAAUAGACACUGUAUGCAUAGUGACACAUACAUAUAAUGCAUGUCCCAGAUUUAUCCAGGCAUUUUAUUUGAAGCUCAUGAUUGUUUUUUUUUUUAUAAUUGUUUGAGGGCCCAUUUACAUAUUGCACAUGCUUUAAUGAGCAUUAGAUCAUAGGUUAAUGUGCAUUGCAUUACCGGAGCCCAUUGAAAUCAAUGGUGAAGACUUCAGAAGAAUGCA